ACCUCUGCUCCCGCGCCCAGCGAGAGCUAUCAAAUUUAGCUCGCAGCCGCUAUACCCAGUGCAGCCCGCGUGGGCCGCUGCUUUUAUACAGGCCGCUCCCACUAUUGGCCAUCCAGACUGAGGCUACUUGCCGCGCCGAAAGAGUCACGCACAGAGCCGACCCUGUUCGAGGUUGCGCUGGUGUGCUUGCGGUUGGCCGCUUCAGGGAAGGAGCAGAGAGCAGCGCAGACGUCAGUGGACGCAGUACACGCACCCAUCUACGCUUACCUAUCUGUGUGGUCGAUCGGCAGCAACGCACCCCUGCCCGGCCCUACACUGUACCACUUGAGCACCCCGCCCGCCGAGGACAGAAAGGUUUGCGCCCUUGGGCUGCUGCUGCCCGUCGCCCGCCGCCCGCCCGUCACCAUGGCGUCGGCCCUGCCGCAACAACAACAACACUCCCUGUCGCGGACCCCCAGAAAACCCGCCUCUGGUGCCGCCUCGACCCCAAACCUCAACAGCCUCUACUCUGCCCACGGCUCCCGCACGCCCUCGCUCAGCCGCAAGAACUCAUGCGCCGGCCUCGCUCCCAUCCCGGACAGCGCAGACCUUGACGCGCUCCACAACAUCCUGCGCGAGUCCAGCUCGCUCUACAACAGGAUGGGCCCCAUCACUCCCGGCCGCGCCGCCGCCGCCGCUGCGAUGGACGACUUCCGUGAGGGCGACAUCGUAGACGUCCCCGGAAACAUGGCUGGCACGGUACGCUUCGUCGGUUCUGUCGGCGGUCGCAAGGGCACAUUCGCCGGUAUCGAGCUUCACCCAGAGUUCUCGGCGCGCGGCAAGAACAGUGGCGACGUUGACGGUGUACAAUAUUUCACGACGAGCGCUCCUGGUGCCGGAAUAUUCGUCCCUGUCGGGAAGCUCUUCAAGCGCGAGCCUGGUCCAAAUAGUACUAUUCCCUCUACCCCGACGAGCGGCUCCGUGUCUGCGUUCAAGCUGUCGCUCCGCGGCCCGAGUAGCAAUACACCACCAACGCCCGGCCUCCCAAAGUUCAGCCAAUCUGUCGGACCCGGUCGUGCACCCAGCCCCAGUAACAGGAAGCCUCGAGCUUCUGUUCAUCGACCCGAAUCACCCGUACGCAGACUACAGAUGAGUCCAGGCUCACGACCCUCAAUUAUGGCUACCCCGGGGCCGCGGGCACCCCAAAGAUACGGAACUCCCACCAUUUCCAAGUUCAGCCAGAGUGUGCGAGGCACAGCUGGAGACCCAGCCAAGGCUGGCCCCAGGACCGACCGAAAACCAAGUCUUGUCCCACGCAGCGCAUCGGCACUAGGCUCUAGAAGCAGCUCUGCCCUUGGACAGGUCCCAGAUUUUGACGAGGAAGAGGAGACUACCCCCAAUGCUGUUACGCGGAACCAGGCAUUUGGCAGUGUCCGGUCCAUCUCGUCACUGAACUUCAAGCGGCCGGCAUCCCGCACCACUCACGUAAAUGAGGAGGAGAUAGAGCGUCUGCGGACACAGCUGGAAGACCGCGACCGGCAACUAAAGGAUCAGGCGUCUACCCUUGCAGAGAUGGAAAGCAGCCUUACAGAACUCACAGAGCUUAUCGGGCAGAAUGAUCUGACUUCGCCAAGGCCAAAUAGCAUAGACGGCAAGGAUACUUCGCAGCUGCGAGCAAUGCUGCGGGAGAAGAACGAAAAGAUUGCCAUGCUGACUGCCGAGUUCGAUGCGCACCGGGCCGACUUCCGGAGUACCAUUGACACCCUCGAAAUGGCCAGCACAGAGACGCAGCGGGUCUACGAUGCCAGGAUCAGAGAGCUCGAGGAAGAAAUCCAUGGUUUCCAGGAUCGGACAGACGACUUCGACAGUGUUGCACGUCAGCUCAAACAGCUCGAGGAGCUCGUUCAGGAACUCGAGGAGGGCUUGGAAGACGCCAGGCGUGGCGAAGCCGAGGCUCGCGGCGAAGUCGAGUUCCUUCGUGGCGAGGUUGAACGGACCAGAGCCGAACUCCGCAGGGAACAGGAGAAGGCAUCCGCCGCAAACGGCGACAAGGCGGGAGGUGCCAAACCCUCUUCCUCCGUAUCGAAAGAGCUGGAACAGAAGGAGGAUGAGAUUAGAGGUCUCAAAGCCAUCAUCCACUCCCUGAGCAGAGACUCCGUACCCGGCGCCGAGACAUCACCUACUGCGGACCGAUCGUCCGUGCAGUCGCAGCGCCCCAACUCGUUUGCAAAGUCAAGACCCGAGUCUAUGGGUGCUCGCAUGGCCAAGGAAAAGCUGGAGCGGGAGGUUUCGGAAUUGCGGGGUCUCCUCGAUACCAAGAGCGUGCGUGAGGAGGAACUUGAGCGUGAGCUCGCCACCCUUCGUCGCGGCAGCGCGUCGACACAACGUGGUAGCACCAUGACCCUCGGAAGCGCAGGCCGGUCAUCUUUUCGCGACUCAAAGAGCACGGUGAUCCUCGCUCGGGACCCCGCUUCGCCCCCCAAGAGUGGCCAUCACCGCAACAAUACUCUCGAAUCGGUAGCUGACAUGGACAACUUCUCUUCCGUCACAGAGAACAGCACGCUCUGGUGCGAGAUUUGCGAGACUGCCGGGCAUGACAUCCUGACCUGCACCAAUGUCUUUGGCCCGCAACAAGAUCAGAAUGGUGUUACGGGAGAUGGCGCGAAUGACAAGUCCCCCAUCGAUAGCUCGAGGCCGACGCUGACCAUUCCUGGCGAAAUGAAUGAGGAGGACCGGCCGCGGCCACUGACGCCUAUCAAGCGCUCUCCAGCACCAGCUGCAGAGGCCGAACCGAUGUCACCGCCAAAGGUUGCAGAGCCGGCGCAAGCGGACCCAACUUCAGUCCAGUCGGGACCUCCGCCUGGCAUUCGCAUCCUGCCCAACCCAGCGGAUACGGGCCCUCUGGCAGGCAAGGACAGUGGCACGAUCGACCCCGAAAAGUGGUGUGCUCUAUGUGAGCGUGACGGCCACGACAGCAUCGAUUGUCCGUUUGAGGAUGCUUUCUAGGGGCUUUCAUCAUGAGAUUGGAAUCGAAACAAGAGCGGAAGAUACCCAGUGCGUGGAGCAACGAGCAUGACCUGACAUGACAUAGACUGCAAGUUAUGGGGCCUGGCGUUUUGUCAAAGAAGGGCAUGUACUAUGGACCAGUCAAGGCGAUGCGCCUCUAAUUAUUGUUAAUUGUGUACGAUUUCUUGUAGCAAGUCAAGUCCUGGCUCUGUUGACGUUGCGUUGCCGAGUGACGUAGGCGCAUUGAGACAUGC